GGUCAAUUUGCCUUGUCUUUUUGUUUUGUAUUUUUCCAGCUUGGCCCCGUCGUCGUCAUCUUGUCGUUGAGCGGUUUGGAGAUUUACGCAAGAAAUAGACAGAUAGAGACUAUUUAUCACCAUUCCCCACGACUGGGAUCUGUCUGCUGAAUUGCGCAGAUCUUUUGUCAGAACGUAAUUCCGGUUUUCACAACAGCAAUUCACAAUGUUCACAGCAAAGCUCUUGUCCAGCACACUUGCUGUCCUCCUCUGUGCGUCCAGCGUCGUUCGCUCUCAAGCGCCACUGGAACCAGAUAGGGUCAUGCUCGGGGCGUGGCUCGACACUUUACCUGGCCGCGAUACACCAAAGCAGUUUGGCGAACGCUUGGGUCACAAUGCGGCACUUAUUCACAUGGCGGAGGACUUACCCCUGAAGACCCCCCAUCUUCCCCCAGUCCGCUUGUUGGACGACGCGAACACGAAUGCUAUCCUCUAUCUUUCUGUGUACCCGACAGUCAUUCCUGAACAAUUGAAAGAUGGGGAUAUCGAUGCAUUUGUUGCCCAGAUUGCUACCUUUGCAAGAUCUGGGAGAGGUGUUUUUAUAAGAUUGGCGCCGGAAAUGAACGGCUCCUGGCAGCCGUAUGCUCAGCGUCCCAUUGCCUACGCUGCGAUGUGGAAGCGCAUAGUCACUGCUAUCAGAGCUAAUAGCGAUACUACUGGACGAGUGGCUUUCAUAUGGGCACCAAAUAUGCAGCUCGGUUACCCGUACGAAGGUGGCGUUUACUCUAUGAAUGCAACUGUUAGCGCUGCUGAGACGCAAGCAUUGGACACGAACAAAAAUGGAAGAUUGGAUACACUCGAUGAUCCCUACACACCAUACUACCCUGGCAACGAGUAUGUUGACUGGGUUGGUCUCUCGACGUACUGGUUCGGUGCCGACUACCCGUACCUUACCAAUGAUGUUCCACCGAGCGGCAGCAUCCUCAAGCUCAUUCACGGCACCGGCCCCGGAGCUAUGGAUUUCUAUCAAUUGUUCGCGGAGAGGAACCAAAAACCAUUCUUUAUCACCGAAUCUGGUGCGGCCUUCCAUCAGUACAGGAUACAAAGCCCUGCGAACCCUGUCAACACCGGCGCUGUUGCCCCAGGACCCGGUGCAUUGGCUAUCAAGCAAGCUUGGUGGAGACAGUACCUCACCAAUACUACCUUUUUGGAUGCGCAUCCGCGAUUGAAGGCCAUCUGCCUCUUUGAAUACCAAAAGCCGGAAGAGAUCACGUUCCGUGACUUCCAAAUUACGAACGACUCUUCCAUCCUCGCUGCAUUUAAAGCCGAUUUUGAAAAACCUGAAGUUCAGUCCCGGUACCUCUUUGCCACAGUCCCCGAGAAAAAAAUUGUGACGGACCCUGAUGCAAAAAACAGUGGUUUCGCUUCUGUCAUUCCUACCACCUUGGGCGCCUUGAUGGCGAGUGCACUUGCAGCGUGGGCUGUUGUAUUUUAAAUCAUUUAUGUACUGUGAUAUCUCUUUUUGGAUGAUCAUAGAUAGAAAACUCUGAACUCCAUGAUCUCGUAGAUAGAAGUCCGAAAAGGCAAGACUUGGGUUAGUUUCCCUGUUACUAUGAUCUAACGUUCCUGUAAUAUAUCGAUGUCUGCCCAUCGGGGUUUAAGCGCGCCUGUGCUCUGGUACCAACAGAUCCCCAAAAUUAGUGCUCGUGAUAAACUCGGAGAUUACCUGCCGCAUCAUAGCGCCGACAUCAAGCUACAUGGGUUGGAUCUGUGUGUCGCAAGCGAUUUUCUCAUCUGACUCUCCUAGGAAUCAUGUUUGGUGGCGAGCACCCACUCAACUACUUGACCACUUUCCGAGCUGACUACACCCAGAAGGAGUUGGACCUGAAAGCUGCACGACAACACAAGGUUCGGCGUGGGCAGGAGGGCAGAAGAUCUGCGGAUAUCGAUGAUGAAGCUCAGAAGAAGGCAGAUAGGGCAAACCUAAUCUCAACUCAACGUCGUGACUUUGUCCUUCCCGGGUUCGACCCCGCCGUAGCGGCUGCAAAGAGGCGGGAGCGACAUGCAAAUAAACCUGCUGGGCAGCCUACUUCAUUGAACUCGACAGGCCUCCUUUACGGUUCUGAUGACCUUGCAACCCUCAUCUCUGCCUCUAAAACUUCAACCCACAACCGAAAGCACGACAUUUUCCUUCCAGUACCCGAACAACACAAGCGAGAAGGAGGAAUUCAGACCUUUGCCGACUGGCCUUUGAUCGCCGCCAAGCGCGUCGUAUUUGGACGCUAUGCGGAUUCCAACGAACACGACAAUAACAUUUGUAUUUCAAGAGUAGACGAUUUCGAGAGGAGGCAAAAGCUUAUUAGACAGCCUGUUGUUGGGGGAAUAACAGCUGGCGUUGCUGGGAAGUGAUUUUAUCGAAUGACCAAUAGUAUACAGUUCUUGCGUGGGUAGAUCAUGAACACGAUGCAGUUAGGGAUCCCUUGCGUAUAUGUCGAUACUGUCAUUCCCUGUAUGUAACAGACUACAUCUGCAUCUUUAUCC